AUGCUGCAGAUCCUCCUUGCUUCAUGGUCUGUUCUGCCCUCUGGCGGUGAUGGCCCGCUAGUGUGCAACCCUGCAUUAGGAUAUCGCUACCUCUCCAUAGGGGCUGCUGGAGGAAUCUCUGCUUCUGGCUGUUCUGCCAGCUGGGACUUGCAUGAGGUCGAAUCCUUCACAAGCAGCGGGCAGCUGACGCUGAUGGCAUCCUCAUCUUCGGGCUCUGACAGUAGCCACUUGCCCGGCCUGGCUGUGGAUGGUGAUACGAGUACGUUCUGGGCAGGCGAUCACGACGUCGGAAUGAGUUGCAGCUGCUGGGAAAGCUCGAAGAAAGACGGCCAGAUACUGACGAUCGACCUGGGCAGCACUCAGCAGGUGACACGGCUGAAGCUGUACCAGGGAGGCAGUGGCAACUUCUAUGCGGUGAAGCGGGUGAGGUUGCACUGCCAUGAAUCCAAGGCCUUCUCAUCAGCCUUGGUCAAACCUCUUGAGAUAGAGGUGUCGACAGGCGUGACAACCAUCGAGUGCAGCGACCGAGGCUGUACGACCGACCUCCAGCCUGCGUACUACGACACUUGUGCACCGCUUCCCGGCGACACCAGCAACACCCAGCUGGCCGUUGGCCUUGCAGCAGCCUUUGUUGGAAUUCUGCUGCUCUGA